CAGCUGCUGAAAUGGCCUUUAUCUUCCGCCUUAGUUCCAGCCUACUUCUCCUGGCAUUUGUGAUCAUUUGCUUUGAUCCAGUGCGGUCAAUGUAUCUGCUUCCGAGCGAACGAAGAAUUGUCCAUGAAAUAUUGGAACAAAUGCGUGCGAAUGCAAAUGAAGAGGCGGAAGGUACUGACGGAUUGAGAAUUGGGCAGUCUGACAAACGGGCUAUCAGACUGAUGAGGUUAGGUUAGAUGAUGUGCUGUCCAGCUACUUCGUCCAACAUGAGUAUUAAUUCAUUGAUGUGCAU